AUCAGAGAUCAAAAGCGUUCGAUCUCUCAACGCGAUCGUUUCGGUCGGAAUACGAGCUGUCCGGGUGCUGGGAAAAAGUUGGUACUUACCUGGUCUGAAAUUUUGUGCAGUGCUGGUGAAUGGAUAGUGAACUUGAUUUGAAUUAGUGGCUAGAACUGUGCUGUAGUUGCUUGAGGGGUACAUUUGUGAAAAAUAGAGCAACGGGGUCUGAAAUAGCGAAAGGUGAAGUGCACAACGAUGAGGUCAAAACUAGAACCGAUCGUUACGUUUUGCUUGCUCGCAGCAGCAAUUGUGGUGAUGGUUUCCACGGUCGAUGCGGUUAAGCUGAAAGAAAAGUUCAAAUGGCGUGAAGUGGAGUACGAUUGGCCCUCACAGGAAGCGAAACAGGAAGCAAUAAGCUCUGGGAAGUUUGUCGCUUCCAACAACCUGCCGCUUGGAUUGGAAAGAUGGCGAGACAAAUUGUUCAUCACGGUUCCGAGAUGGAAAUCAGGAGUUGCGGCUUCAUUGACCUUUGUCAAUAUUUCAGACGGCUUGUCACCUUUGCUACAUCCGUACCCAAGCUGGGAAGCUAAUCAAUUACCGCAAGCAAAUGAAGCUGAAAAGAAAGCUGACGAAGGUUCGUCAAAUAUGUUGAAAGACAACGGCACUAUCAUCUCCACCUUCCGAGUGAGGGCGGAUGAGUGUGAUCGCCUUUGGGUUAUGGAUACCGGUCUUGCGGACAUCCUAGGAGACGCUAAAUCAUACGCAACACCAUCUUUAGCCAUUUUCGACCUGUUCACCGAUAAGCUAAUUCGAAGACACUAUUUCCCAGAAUCACUACUGAAGGAAGAUUCGUUUUUCGCCAAUGUGAUCAUCGAUGCUGAACGAGGAGACUGCGAUAAUGCCUACGCCUAUGUACCGGAUUUAGGAGGCUAUCAAGUUAUUGUCUACUCAUUUAAAGAUGAUAAAUCAUGGCGCGUGAAGCAUAAUUUCUUCCACUUUGAUCCUCUGUCUGGAGACUACAAUAUUGGAGGCGUCAACUUCCAGUGGACCGAUGGAGUAUUCGGAAUGGCUGUUGGCAAACGGCUUCGCGACGGAACUAGACCAGUCUACUUCCACUCUUUCUCCAGCACAAAGGAAUUCAUGGUGUCGAAUCGAAUCUUGCAAAAUGAAACAUAUUCUCAAAGCCCUGAAUCCUACUACGACUACAAGCUGAUGGGCGAUCGUGGACCAAACUCACAAUCAUCAGCAGAGUUUUACGACCCUGAAACCGGAAUCAUUUUCUACACACAAGUGAACAAAGACGGAGUUGGAUGUUGGAAUACUGCGAAACCUCUAACUCCAGAUACGCAAGGACUGGUUGACUCGGACAGUGAUGCACUGGUGUUUCCAAAUGAUCUGAAGGUCGACACAGAAGGCAAUCUUUGGGUGCUGUCCGAUCGGCUACCCAUGUUUAUCUUCACAUCUCUAGAUCCUGCAGAGUACAACUAUAGAAUCUUGACGGGUCAGAUAAGUGACAUAAUCAAGGGCACCCCUUGUGAAUAAUGAUCACUGGGGGGCCUAUGGAUAGCCAAUGCGAAGUAAUCAAAUACAAGAAUCAAACUUCUUGUUCAUGACGCUCAAAAAUUUUCUAUUUUAGUAUGAGAUUUUUUUUUUUCUAUCUUUAUUAACGAGAUUUUUAGGCCUGGGCUAGUUGCUAGUUCAUCUCGGGACCAACGGCUUUACUACCCUUCCGAAGGAAGUCGUCACUGAAAUUUUUAGUGACUAUCUCGGGGAUGGGAUUCGAUCCCAGGUCCUCGGCGUGAGAGGCGUGUGUUCUAACCACUACACCAGGUCCGUCCCCACCAGUAUGAGAUGGCUUGGCUACUCUGGUUAAAUUUAAUAUUAAAAAUCUUAACAAAAUUUCAAAUUUACUGGCAUAUUUGCAAACAGUUUGACUUUGGAUAACUUACAGCAGUUCAGUGAUUCAUUAUGGAAUGCGCAGAGCAGAUAGCAAUAUUAUUUUUAUUGAAUUCAGUAUUUUGUCAAUAUUACAGCACACACACUGCAAUGAUUAUUCGGUUAAAAAUAUCACAAAAUAAUGCAGAGAAAAUUGUUUUUCAAAAAUUUAGCUUGUCUAUCUGUUUACUGUAACUUACCGGCAAAUAUUUUGCCGAACAUUGAAAACUAAUCUGGAAUGCGUAGGUAUAAGGGGUUUGAUUAAAUGUAUUUGUUUUUAUUUUACGUAUGGGUAAGCCAUAUGAGUACAACUUUCAAGCAUUUCUGGUUGUAAUUUGAUGGUAAAUAUUGGAGAAUACUUCAUAAUAUAACUAAAUAAUCGAA